UCUAAUUUAAAGCCGAAGGCGCUCGAGGCCGGCUAGACUUCUGCGGCCGCAGGACGAUAAUGCAAAGUGCUAUGUUCCUGGCUGUCCAGCACGACUGCGUACCCAUGGACAAGAGCGCAGGCAGCGGAUCCAAGAGCGAGGAGAAGCGGGAAAAAAUGAAACGCACGCUCCUAAAAGAUUGGAAAACCCGUUUGAGCUAUUUUUUGCAAAAUUCUUCUACUCCUGCGAAGCCCAAAACCAGCAAGAAAAGCAAACAGCAAACUUUCAUAAAGCCUUCUCCUGAGGAAGCACUGCUGUGGUCAGAAGCCUUUGAUGAACUUCUAGCCAGUAAAUAUGGUCUUGCUGCAUUCAGGGCUUUUUUAAAAUCUGAGUUCUGUGAAGAAAAUAUUGAAUUCUGGUUGGCUUGUGAAGACUUCAAAAAAACCAAAUCACCCCAAAAGCUGUCCUCAAAAGCAAGGAAAAUAUAUACUGACUUCAUAGAAAAAGAAGCUCCAAAAGAGAUAAACAUAGACUUUCAGACUAAAACUCUAAUUGCCCAAAAUAUACAAGAGGCUACCAGUGGCUGCUUUACAACUGCCCAGAAAAGGGUCUACAGCCUGAUGGAGAACAAUUCUUAUCCCCGUUUCUUGGAAUCAGAAUUCUACCAGGACUUGUGUAAAAAACCACAGAUCAACACAGAGCCCCAUGCUACAUGAGAUGAAAGAAGGAAUCCAAAAAUGGAGGACAUUGCAUCUUUUUCCUAAGGGAAAAGGCUGGGACCUGCCAAAAAGACUGACCUUGAAUUCAGCCUGAGUGUACAGGAAACAUCACUCAGAACUAUUGAUUCAAAGUUGGGUAGUGAAUCAGGAAGACAGUAGAGGUUACUGGUAUCAGAGCAGCUUCCUGCGCAGCGUGAAGAGCAUAGAGAGGGAUAGAAGCUGAACGUGGUAUAUGUCACCAGAAAAGCAGGAGUGUGAGAUGAAGACACAGUGUAGCACUGUUGGUACAAAAGCAUUUAAAAUCAAUAGAUCUGGGAUUAUGUGGCCUUAGCUAGCUGGCUGUACAUCUUUCCCUAAAUCACUCCGUGUUACCACAUAGUGGUUUUAGUUUUAGUGUUUUAGUAUUAACAUUAAAGUGUUUACUUAUAUGUAAAGGUAUUGAAGUUCUUAGAAUUACAGAUCAUCAGUACUUUUGUCUCAUGUAUUGUUGAAACUACAAAGGUCUGUUUGAAUUGUUAAAUGGUGUGUGAAAUAGAAUGUGUGCUGUUGUGUAGAAACCUACAGUGUCUGAGUGCCAAAAACUGUCUUGAAGGCAGCUAAAUAUUGAAAUGGUCUUUGAUUACUUUUAUUAAAUUUAUUUUGAUAAAUAA